AUAUAAUAUGCAAGCUAAUCCAAUAUGCCCUUAGCCUGAAGCACAAUAUUUAGAUAAUUAUGACAAUUUCGAAGAAGUUAAAGCUACUUUUAAAUGUCUUUAAAAUAUCCAUUAACCACUUGAACCUGAGGCGACAUUUUUUUUGAUACGUGCUCCAACGAAAGAUAAUGUUCAUCGAGCAAUCAAGUAUGGGAUCUGGACUAGGUAUAUAUUUAUAUGAAGGUAGUUCGAGUCGAAAUAAUAAAAAAUUGAAUGAUGCUCCUCGUCCUGUGUAUCUCUUAUUCAAUGUUACACAAACUUCUCAUUUUAUUGGAUUAGCCAAAAUUGUAUCUGAAUUUAGGGAUAAUAAGCAUUUCAAGUAUUGGGCUGAAGAAAAUAAAUGGUUUGGAUCUUUUCAAAUUGAAUGGGUAUUAAUCAAAGACAUAAAAGGUUUUUGUCAGAGACUUACCAUAUAAGGAACUUAGUACGAUCUCCUAAUCAUGUGGAAAGUGUAUUCAUGAACUCAUAGAUUGUACUCAAAUUGAAAAUGCAGAAUAAAUUUACAAUGCAUUUUAACAACAACCUCAAAAAAGUUGUUUGCUAAGCAGCUUCAAGGAAUUAGAUAAUUCUGAAGUAUUACAUUUUGUUAAUUGAUUUAAGAAAAGAAAAAGAAAUGAUAGAGAUACAAACCCUAACUUUGAUAUUUCAUUUUCAGAAUAUAUCUCCGUUUUUGAAUAAAUGCCUUUCUCUUUCUCUGUUACUUCUUACUAAAGAAGAAAACAAUAAUAAUAUUAAAAUUAGUACUUAUAAUAAUGCCAGUAUUAUUAUUAAAGCCCUUGGUGUGGUGUAGGUAUAUCUAUAAUUGAUAACCCUAGCAUAACCUACAUUUUGGAAUUCUUAGACAUAAACUUAUACACAAUAAUAAUAGUAAUAAUAACAACAAUAAUAAUAAUAAUAAUAAUAAUAAUAAUAAUAAUAAUAAUAAUAAUAAUAGAAAGUAUCAAAUAAUAAUGCAGGAUUUUAUUAAACAUAAAAUUACAAUAGACCACAAACUAAACAUUUAUAAAAAAAAUAAGUUCAAAAUAAGCAUACUAAUUAAGACAGUUCAAAAAAAUAAUGAUUAUUUAGUAUAUAAUUAAUAUUAUGUUAAAUAAAUCAUUAAGUUAAUUAUUCUGAUUCUAAUGAAAUAAGAAAAUCUAAAGAAGAAUUAGAGGAAGUCAUUGUUCAUUAUUCUCAAAAUUGGGAAAUCUUUUAAGGGAAGUUGAUAAAUGAAAAACAGUUUAUAAAUCUUUAAUUAAAAAAUGAAAUCAUUUAGAUGCAAUACAAGUUGAAAGAAAUCAAGCAGAUAGAAUUGGUAUAAACCAAACCCUUAAAGAUGAUUUAAUAUUAGAAAAUCGAAAAGAAUCAAUUAAUCAAAAUAAAUAUAUCAUAAGGUCUGCCUUUAUCAUUGAAUAUUCCUUAAUAGAAAUACAGAUUUAAAUUUUACAAAUAAAAUAUCUUUACUCUGUAGGGGUUUAAAAAGUUUAAAACCGCAUACUUUAACAAAAAACAGAGAAUUUAUUAAAAUUACUAGUUAUGUUGCAAGGAAGAAGAUUAUGUAAAAAUGAAUGGUUUGGGUAAUUAAAUAAUAUAAAUGGUCACUUUUUUCUACUUGGAAUAUGAUUGAUGAGACCUU